AUGAUGGCGAUUCACGCUUCUAGCACCGACGGAGAGAUGGCGCUAGCUAACGUUACGAGAUUUGCUUCUGGCGAUCUUUUUUCUUUAAUCGGUACGGAUUGCGGUCUAACUCGAUGCAUGGAGGUCUCCCACGGAACAGCCCUGCCCGCCAUAGGUGGUGGGGAAUGCGUUUGUCAAUGCCGAAGGGAGACUCCAGCUUUUAGAGAGGAUAGGAAGAUUUGCGUCAACCAUAUAAAUGAAUGUUCAAUGGCAACAUUUGGACGCGGUGCGACGCAACCCCAGAUUCCUUUCGUCUUUCUACCUUUGAAAGGACAAAUAAUUUAUCCUUCAAAAGAAAUUAUUUUUACGGAUAUAGAUGACGCUAUUUGUGCCGUAACGAGCGCUCAGUAUCUGUCGCCAUCGGGCUGGGUCACUCUACGAGACUUGGUAGAUAAUGACGUCCCGUUUGGACUCUAUCGGGAUGAAGGAAGCACUUAUUUACAGUGGCGAGGAUCACCAACCCUUCACACACGACUCGAAGGUCGCCUUAUGGCAGUCCACGUGCUAUGCUCAGCACAGAAGCCUACACAACUAGCGGCGUCUUGCGCUGCAUUCCGUGUUGCAGGAGUAAGCCACAAUGCUUUGUUGGAUGUUCGAUCCAUACCAUUUCAUGCUGGUGAAACAGUGACUACCGAACCGGCAGUCCAAGGUCACGGGCUGAGUGUGCUGGAGUCACUAGCGAUCGGAGUAUGCGUGCUGAUGUUGGUAUUCGUAUAUGCAGCGGGGAUAAUAUUUUAUAUCCAUUAUAAACAGAAACAAAGACGAAAGCAGGAUCCUGAGAUGAAUCUGUCAAAUACUAUAUCAACAGACAAUGCUUCGACAAUCGAUUCACGAAUCGGAAUGGAUAGUAUGAGGAUGAAGUCCAAUCCGCUAUUGAAUUUGGAUACUAUGAGAAGUGAUUAUUCGAACGAUACAGGUUUAUCUGAUGUUAGUGAGCGUACUGAAGAUACGUUUGAUUCUUCGUCAAUACACAAACAAAAGUUACAGGAACGGAAUCCAAACGUCGUUUCUGCGAUUGUGCAUUCUAGACGUAAGAAACCAUCAAGACCAACGAUUCGAGCUACAUCGACACCAGAACGUCUAAUAGAAAGAUUACAAAGACGGUCUGCCUCACCGGAAUUGGAAAAAGCGCCUCAUUCAGACUUAUCUAUACUUCACUGUAGCAUGGAAAACAACACUACUGAAGAUUUACCGCCUCCCGAAGCAGGUGAAACAGUUCUUAGGAGAAAAUUAUAUUUCAAUCCAGUGUUUUUUGAAACAGAUUUUUUAAAGGAUCCUCCGCCUGCAGCGGUUGAAUUUUUGAUGAAAUUAAGAGAAGUAAUGUCUGUUGCAAAAGAGAAAAUGACUUCGAAAAGAUUUAUUCCGGUCCUGUCGGAUAUACCAGAAGAAGAACUCUAUCAUACAAUUGAUCUCGGUUGGGAUAUUCCUUGUGCCAGACGAGGGCGCAGGUACAGUGCCAUUAGUUUGAAGCGAGAGAAUAGCCGACGUGCCUUACACUGUGGAGGCUGUCCAGGAUGUAAUGGAAAGUCUCAAAAAGCUACUGGCUUGAUCAGAUCUAAUUCAUGUAAAACAUGUGUAAGUGACGAUUACAAACAAAAAAUAGUUCAAAAAUGGUUAGAUGACGUACCUACUCCACCAUCGACUGCGAAACGACCCAUUAAAUGUAUUGCUAAAGUUAGCGGAACACCAAGAGUGAUUGAACCAAAAGAAAAUGAAGAAGUUAGAGUUAAUCAUGACGAACCAGUACCAGAUGUGAAUUCUGAGUCAGUAAAAGUAGCAGAAACAAUUUCAAAAGAAAACUUGAACGAUAAGUAUAUCACUACAAAUGAAUUUGAAGAUAUUAAUGGAAAAAAUAAACCGGAUAUUGAAAAUGAAAACAAACGCAAUCCUCAGGCAGUUGUUAUUACAUCUUCAGAAAAGAAAAGUCCUUCUAAUCACGCUACUCGUCGUGUAAGAAAGAGUUUACCACCACCUCCUCCUCCUCCUCUGCCUUCAUCAAGUGUAAUACAACUGUCGGAUAGUAAAGAAAUUGAACCGAUAUCACCCGAAGUCAAAAGAAAAAUGGAGGCUGUAAUUCGCGAAUUAAAUAAAUGUCGUAGAGUAGAACCCAUAAGUAAUUCUAAUCUUAGUUUAGACAAAUUGCAAGUAGUGGCUCCAAAAUUAGUUAUUCCAGUCGUAGCUGCGGAUUCCGUACUCAAUUGCUAUAAUAGUGGUAGCUUCCUUCUUCAUAAAAACAAAGACAUAGAACAAGAAAAUGUUGAAUUUGACAGCUUAGAACGAAAAUUGCCGAAAAAGAGAAGAUUUUCAUUAGACUAUGGACCCGAAGCUAAUCAAAGAAAAAUAAUAAGCUUACAAAAUAAACCAAUAUCUCGUGACAGAUUGACGCGCAGUUGGCGAGAUUUAAAAAAUGCUCCCAACAAUAAUGAUGAUGGACCUCAUUCGAUAGGAUUUGAAACUAAUAAUAACGUAAGAUCUUUUAGUAAUAACAAUGUUUUUGUCAACUCCAUUGAACCUAUUUAUAAUAAUAUUGAAAAUCUGGGACCUUUGACUAUUGAAGUAAGAGGUUCUCCAAUAGAAGAUCGUAAGAAAGAUAAUGAAGAUUUCGAUCCUGAUACCCUUGACAGAAAACCGAAGAAAUCAGUAGAAAAAAAUGAAAAUAAAAAGUGCGUAGAGAAAAUUCUGUUGAAAUCUGGAGGUAGCUUUAAGCAUAAACUGACAGUACCUGAAACCGAGAAAAGGAAUAGCCCACCAGAAGCAGCAUUUACUAGGAAGAUAGGCAGUUUGAGGCAAAUCUAUGAGGCUAAAAAUAAAAUUAAAAUUAACGAAAAUUCAUUUUACGAAAGACGAGGAAGUUUACCUUAUAGUACUCAAGAAUUAGAUACUUACAUUAAAAAUCUAGACUCUAACAAUAUAGAUAGUCAGAAGGAACCUAAACCACCAAUUCCACCAAAAAACAAACGUGGCUCAGAAGUACAAUCAAAAAACAACACACCCAGAAAUAGCCCACCUAGUGACAGAUACCGAUCAUCUGAGGAGCGAGAUAGAUUUCCACCGUACUCCAGAAGCGACAAUAACUCUAGGCGUUCUGGUCGGAGAUCAGCUCGUAUCAGACCUAGACGAGUCGACAUAAAGAAAUUAUGUCGAACAGAAGAUUCUGGUUACUUAAGCACCGAUUCGAAUGAAUCGAAACGAAGAGCGAGAUGUUUAAUGCAAUUAAAACCUAAACUAAUUAAUAUAGAAACGAGUUCAAAGUUGAUAAAUAAAUCGCAUAAUUUACACAUAGAUACAGAUACUGACGAUCUGGAAUCUUUAUGCGACGGUCGAAGUGAAUCCGGUGGGGAAAGUGUUGAAACCGACUCUGUAUUCUUUGGUAAUUUUGAUGAUUCGAAGCAAAUGUUCAAAGAAUUAGGUUUUGAAGACUUCGAAUCUAAACAUAAGUUAAGUAACCAACAAAUUGAUUCUGGGUUUGCGGGGGAAACAAACAUAGUAUUAAGUGGUGACAGUGAUUCGGAACAUAGAAGUGUAAUAUCAAUUGUUACAGGACGAGACGGAAGGGCUUCUUCUGCGUCUCUCACUAAUUUAGACGAUCAGACUUUUGUACAAUCUGUUGAAUGUUCUUAAUUUACUUAAUAUUUAUGGACAGUCAAAUUUAUAAUAUAUAGUCAAGUAGAAUAACAAAAGACAGAUAUAUUUCUUCUUUUUUGUAUAUAGAGAAACAUAAUAUUCUUAGUUAGUGCCACCGAAUUUACCUCAUCAAGUUGAGAUAAGUGAAGCCCUUUGUAAAUAUUGUAGUAGAGAUACAUAGUGCAUUAAAAUGUUAGUAAAAUCAAUCGUAAUAACUUAAAAAGACCAAAAGAAAAUUCUUGU